AUGGAGUUUUCAUCGUCGUCGUCAAAAAGGGCCAAAACUCCGGCGGGUGGAAGUAAUAAUUUGAGUAUUAGUGUUUCGUGUUUGGUUGAUGGGUGCAACGCUGACCUUGGUCAAUGCCGGGAAUACCACCGCCGGCACAAAGUAUGUGAGCUCCACUCAAAGACACCAAAGGUCACAAUUGGGGGCCGGGAGCAACGGUUCUGUCAGCAAUGCAGCAGGUUUCACUCAUUGGGAGAGUUUGACGAAGGAAAACGAAGCUGUCGGAAACGCCUCGACGGUCACAAUCGGCGACGAAGGAAGCCUCAAUCAGACUCCAUAUCCAGAACCACCGCAAACUUCCUUUCAAGUCAACAAGGUAUCGCAAGGAUUCUAUCAUUUAAUAGCCCGCAGAUACAAUUGAGUUCCGUGGUGGGUUCAACUAGAGCCACAAGUUUUAAACCAGAGAAUCCAAUCGGACCUUUUAACAACCAACCACCCUUAAACUACCACACAAGACACCACUUGAACCUCGAGUCAUCGACAACUCCAGUUGUACAAAACAGCAGCGACAACCACUUCAACUUUUUCCAGCACAGGUCACCACCGUUGGCCGUUUCUUCAAAUCGUGCGGGAAACUCUCGUGCUCUCUCUCUUCUGUCAUCACCCCCACCAGCACAUCAAACUAUGGCAACCACCAUGUUCAUUCCUAGCGGUAUACCUCAGUAUGGUUUUGCACACGAGAUGCAAAACGAAACAAUACUUUCGGGAUCGAGUGCUACAACUCUUCAAUUCCAAGGAAUGUUUCAUGAUGAUCAAGAUGAUUCGUCUUCAAGUGGGAUUAAACAGCAAACGUUGUCGUUUAGGUGGGGUUAG